GCGCGGUAGACUUGUUGAGCUCGGCUACGAACAUCGAAGUGCAACUAUAAACCGGUACCGCUAACUUAGCCUUCGUUUGAUCCAAUUCUCACCUCUAACAACUUUCCAAGGAAGUCAACAUUUCCUCAGAAACAGGAACGGUAUGGCAGGAUACAGAAAGAUGACAGUCAUGCUGCUGUUUGUUGGCCUGAUGUCUGUGGUAGCUGCAUCACCGCACAUGUGCCCAGACAUCUGCACAUGCAGUCAAAACAACAAGGUCAACUGUUCCAACACUCAACUCCAGACGGUGCCGAGUCAGAUACCUCUGCAAGUGUCCCAUCUCACGUUGGAGGGGAACACAAUGCUAAAUAUUUCUAACAACAGUUUCAGCAAGUAUAAGCUGUUGACCCACUUGACCAUGGCUCACAAUGGGUUGAGAGAGGUUGGACCUGGGACCUUUAAUUGGCAAAGAAAGCUGUUGUCCUUGAACCUUAGUCACAACAGUCUUUCUGUCCUGGAUGAGAACAUGUUCACUGGUCUGUCCCACCUACAGGUGUUGGAUGCUUCCAACAACGAGAUACGAGAGAUCAGGGGUGACAUCUGUUUGGCCAUGCCAAAACUAAGGGCACUGUAUUUAGGGGGGAACAAGCUGUCUGUCAUCCCAGCUGGACUUAACCACUGCAUCUUUCUGAAACAACUACAUCUUCAAAACAACAGCAUUGGCAGUGUCAACAGUUCAGCUCUUCAAAAUCUGUCACAGUUGACUCAUUUGGACUUACAAAACAACACCAUCUCAGAGCUUAUACCAAGAUCUCUCGAAUCUCUCUCCAACCUCACCCACCUCUACAUGGCAGGGAACAAAAUCAGCAAGAUAAAGAAGAAUUCACUAAAGGGUUUGGACAGCUUAAGGGUGCUUGACCUUUCUAACAAUCAAAUCAAGGGUAUCCAACCAAAGGCCUUCAAACAUACAGAACAUUUGGAAAAGCUCUUCCUCAACAAGAACCAAUACAGAAAGCUUUCCAAGCAUGGCUUUCCCCCAUCUCUUAAAGUCCUCCACCUCAGGGGAAACAAGUUAACUGAGCUGUCCAGGAAGCCAUUCCGUCCUCUGAGCAAAUUAGAAAUUCUGGACUUGUCAGACAACAAAAUCGAACAUGUGACAUCAAAUACGUUUAACACAUUAGGGAGUUUGGUGACGCUGUCACUGUCAGGAAAUCAGCUGAAACAUGUCCCAGAGGCAUUUCAAUCCCUGCAGUCAAUAGAAAAGUUGAUAAUGAAGGAAAAUCUCAUUCACUCCAUCCCUGCAUACAGCUUUGCAAACCUGUCCUCCCUGCUGAUACUGGAUUUAUCUCACUGCAAUAUUUCAGUGAUUCAUCAAAGUGCCUUUGCUGGGCUGGAUGUUUUGGAAACUCUGUCUUUAAAGCAGAACAUAAUAGAGCACUUUCCCAGAGACGUCUUUAAUUUCAGCACAGCACUUAAGAAACUGGACGUAUCUGGGAACAACCUAGACCUCUUUUGCCCUUCGCAGCAUGGAGUAACCACCUUAACAGGCCUUUCUAUGGGUCAUAAUUCAAUUCCUAACAUCCCAAAAUCAUGUUUUGCCAAUCAGCAAGACCUGAUAAAAUUGACAAUCCAAGGAGCAAAGAUUGUAACUAUUGAGGAGGGGGCUUUCAAGGGCCUGGGGAAGUUAAAAACGCUGAGUCUAAAGAAUAACAAACUGGAAACCCUUCCCAAAAAUGUCUUCGAUCCUUUGAGCCAGGAAUGUGUACUAAACCUUGCUGGCAACCCUUGGAGCUGUGACUGUAGAAUGUAUGACUUCAAAAAAUGGUUGAACAAAAACAAUGAUAAAAUUCAUUUUGGGCACAGCUUAACAUGUAAAGUGAAAUCCAAGAACAGGCACAGGAAAAUCACAGAUCUCCGUUCUCGACACUUUCAGUGUGAAAAACCCUCCAUCACUGACAAAACACAGAAGUAUACAAAUCUCCCACCAGGCGAGGAGGCCUUCUUCAAGUGCGUUGCCACGGGCUUACCUAAACCCACUAUCACCUGGUUCAGAAAUGGAGAGCAAGUUUCAAAUAUAUCUUCACUAGCUGGGAGAAUUGCAUUCCUUAGUGAAGGCACAAUCAUGACUAUUGCAAAUAUUGAACCAGCAGACUCUAAUCAAUAUUCUUGUGUUGCUGAAAAUGAAAAGGGACGUAUCACUGAAACUUUUACUCUAGAUGUCAGAAAUCCCAAGGAAACCCCUGAACAAGUGCAGGAAAACCCCAUGCCAAACAGUUCAACCUCUCCCAUCCCAAUUACCACAAAGGUUCCACAGAAACCUAAGAUAUCAUCCAUUCCCAAUCUGGACCAACCUCCAGUUGCCUCAACUGGAGAAGAUGAGUCAGGCAGUCAAGAAUGGCUGUCCCAGCCGAUGAUUGUCUUGACGGUUAUGGUUGCAGUUGUUGUGCUUGCAAUCUUUGUCCUCACAUUCUUUGUUAGGAAGAUGUGGCAGAAAGUAGGAGGCAAAAAGAGGAAGAAUGCAGCAGCUUGGCUGCAAGGUGCCAACGGACAUGAUCAACUCUGUCAGCCAUGGAUGAGGGCGAUCACCAAAAACUACGUCAACCUUGUGGACAACAUGAGAGCAAAGGACCUCACCAAGUACCUUAUCCAAGACGGAAUUCUAACCUUGCAAAUGCAGGAGGAAAUAAAGCAUGAACGGACAGAACGUGACCAGAAUGAAAAACUACUCAGCUUUCUACGCGGGGAGGAAGCUGUGAAGUGUCUGAUCAAGGCACUGAAACAAAAUGGUAGCAACGACUUGGCAACAUCGUUGGAAGUUCAGUUGAUGCCCAAAACACCUGAUCAGGUGUGAAAUAUCAUUGGGCCCAAUGGGAUGAAAAUUGAAUGGUUGCAACUUUUUACUGUCAAUCGCAAGAAAGUGAAACAGAUACUAUGCAAAAUGGGACAUACUGUUGUGACUUUGUGCGUAGAUUUACUUAUAUAUAGAUUUUACUUGUUAAUCUGUGUGAGUGACUUUAUGU